AUGUGUCAAGGGAGCAACUCAAAACAAGAUAGCACCAAGGAGGAGAACAAAGAGGAAAACCCUUGCCCGAUGGAGAUUGCUAGCUCCUCAAACACCGGGCCAACCAAUCCCGGAGGAGACAAACCGGAGGUGACCCCGGAUGAUGAUGGUUUUCAAAAAGUGGAGAGGCGAAACAAAGUCCAAAGAAGAAGUCUCGAUGGGAAGAGCCUCAUCAGAAAAGUGAACAAAGACCAAAGACAAACGACACCUAAAACACGGAAAGUCACCACCAUUGAUAUCAUGGCUGCAAUUCGGGAGCCCGAGCACGGGCCAGGUGACAUAAACAGCGAGUAUUGGGGCGAAAACCUUGAGGCCCAUUAUGAAGACGGUGGACAUCAAAUAUCCUCUAAGACCCGUGAUAAGACUCCAUCUCCUUGGGCUGAACUCAAGAUAUGGUUUUUGGACACGCUCGGUUAUGAACAGAAACGCAGCAACUCCAGCAUAAAACAUUGCCUCACAUGA